AGUUAAACUUGAUCCUGUUGUAAAUUGAACUUGACCUGACCUAUUGCCUCUAGACUUAACUACCUGUUACUUAGUUGAUUCAAGACCAUCAUAUCCACCAAACAGUAUACCACUUGAAAACAUAAGCAGAGGGAGCAAAAAGAAGCUAUGCUGCAAGCCAUCUCCUCACAACACGACGCCCACCACGAGCGGCGCCGCAAGAAUUCCCUCGCCAGUCUAACGGGCUCACUACGAGAUAAUAGAGCACAUCUGCUCCUUGCGGCUUCCGGAUCCGUCGCCACCAUUAAACUACCGCUAAUCAUCGAGGCGCUAGCACAACGGCACUCGGAGCGGAAUAGUGGCAAGGAGCUCAGCAUCCGCGUUUUGCUAACGCCAGCCGCAUCACGCUUCCUCGCAGGCCAGUCCCACGAGCAGCCUCCCCUAUCCUCGCUACUUUCUAUGCCAUGCGUCGAUGGCAUCUACGUGGACGCAGAUGAGUGGCGCGAGCCUUGGAAACGCGGCGAUGCGAUUCUGCAUAUCGAACUGCGGCGGUGGGCUGACCUCCUCGUCAUCGCCCCCCUGAGCGCAAAUACCAUGGCCAAGAUCGUAGGCGGCUUUGCUGAUGGCAUUCUGACAAGUGUCGUGCGCGCAUGGGACGCAUGGGGCGAACUAGACAGCGAUCUGGUUCUUACUAAUGGCGAACAACCUCUUCUCGACGGAAAUAGAAGGAGGCGGCAGAAGAAGCACAUUAUUGUAGCGCCUGCCAUGAACACAGCUAUGUGGCGACACCCAGUUACGGCCAAAUCGCUACGUGUUCUGGAGGAGGAAUGGGGAGUACAUCGUAACAGCAACAAAGCAGCGCAAGAACCAACCGCGGAUGAGAGCCACACAGUAGAAGAGCAGGUUGAAAACGCCGAUACCGACGAUGAUGGCGGCUGGUUCGAAGUUCUACGACCACAGCAGAAGACACUGGCGUGUGGGGACGUUGGAGAUGGCGCUAUGAUGGAAUGGAAGGACAUUGUGACUGUUAUUGAGGACAGACUGGGUUUGAAUGAAUGAGUGAGCAGUUCACCAAUUUGCUGCCUAAAGUUGGCUGGGUUACGUAGAGUAGUAAUACGGGUGGCUACACAGUACUAGGAAUAGGGGUUAUGUAACACAAGAGGCGAGCUUUUACGUAUUAUUAAUGUACUACUUAUGGUACGGGAUUUAAUAUAAAUAAGGGGCCAACCCUUGCUUGAUUUGCGGGGACCAAAAAAAAAGUACCAUUACAACU